UGAUCUCCCGCUGUGGCCAGCCCGAGGUGAGCUGGUGGGGCUGGAGGAACGCCGACGACGAGCACCUCGUCCAGUCCGUGGCCAAAGCCUGUGCCUCGGACUCGAGGUCCAACAGCAACAAAUUAAUGAAUGGGAAUUGUUCCAGAGAUUUCUCCAACGGAGGGGACCUCUCUGAUGUGGAGUUUGACUCCUCCAUCUCCAAUGCCUCGGGAGCAGAGAGCUUGGCGAUUCAGCCCCAGAAGCUUUUGAUCCUGGACGCGCGGUCGUACGCGGCAGCCGUGGCCAACAGAGCCAAGGGGGGAGGCUGCGAGUGCCCAGAAUAUUACCCCAACUGCGAGGUGGUGUUCAUGGGGAUGGCCAACAUCCAUUCCAUCCGGAAGAGCUUUCAGUCCCUGCGUCUGCUCUGCACACAAAUGCCAGAUCCAGGAAAUUGGCUGUCAGCUCUGGAGAGCACCAAGUGGCUGCAGCACUUGUCGGUGCUCCUGAAGUCGGCGCUUCUGGUGGUUCACGCCGUGGACCGCGACCAGCGGCCGGUGCUGGUGCACUGCUCCGACGGCUGGGACCGUACCCCCCAGAUCGUGGCGCUGGCCAAGCUGCUGCUGGACCCCUACUACAGGACCACAGAGGGUUUCCAGGUGCUGGUGGAGACGGAGUGGCUGGAUUUUGGCCACAAGUUUGCAGAUCGCUGUGGCCAUGGGGAGAACUCGGAUGACCUGAACGAGCGCUGCCCGGUGUUCCUGCAGUGGCUGGACUGUGUCCAUCAGCUCCAGAGGCAGUUCCCUUGCUCUUUCGAGUUUAAUGAAGCAUUCCUUGUGAAAUUGGUGCAGCACACCUACUCCUGCCUCUUUGGAACAUUCCUGUGCAACAAUGCGAAGGAGAGAGGAGAGAAACACACUCAGGAACGGACCUGCUCCGUCUGGUCUUUGCUGCGGGCAGCAAACAAAGCCUUCAAAAACCUGCUCUACUCCUCCCAGUCGGAGUCUGUGCUGUACCCAGUGUGCCAUGUGCGGAACUUGAUGCUCUGGAGUGCUGUUUACCUGCCCUGCUCGUCCCCCUCCACACCCGCCGACGACUCCUGUGCCCCGUACCCUGUGCCAGGCUCUAGCCCUGAAGAGCAGCCUCUGGGCAGGCUACCAAAGACGAGAUCCUUCGACAAUCUGCCGACAGCCUGUGACAGCAGCGUGCCUCCGGCCGCCCGCCGCAGCAGCGACCCCAGCCUCAACGAGAAGUGGCAGGAGCACCGGCGCUCCCUGGAGCUCAGCAGCCUCGGCCCCCCCGGCGACGAGCCCUUCGAGGGGGACGGCCUGGGCCGGCAGGGCAGGGCCCCCCUGGGCGCUGAGCUCUCCGUCGCAGCCGGGGUGGCAGAGGGGCAGAUGGAGAACAUCCUGCAGGAGGCCACGAAAGACGACGUUGGGCUGGAGGAGCACUUGAGGGGUGGCCUGGAGGCGGCGGGGAAAGGGGCUGAGGUGGCCCUGGAUAAGGAGAAGAGAGCUGACAAUCUGCGGGGGUACGUCGGUGAGCUCGGGGAAAAGGCCGAGGCGGACGCAGGUACCGUAAGGAACAAUCCCACACCCGCCCCACACCCGCUUUCACAAGGUGCUUCUGAGCCCAGAGGACAGCAGGACGAGCACGGCGAUCCCGGCAGCGCUCUCCAGAAGGUGCCUCAGGGGAGGGGGCUGCAGGCUGUUCCCGUGGAGGGCUCUGCUCAGAACAACGCGGAGGAAGAAGGCGUCGGGAAGCACGAAGAGGCAGAGAGCCCAUACAGCACUGCACAGGCCGGCCUGCCCUUCCCUCUGCCCGCCCCGCCCGAGGCAAGGACAUCCAACAUCGAAAGUUCCACGGAAACCUUAACGGAGACCGAAGCAAAGCCUGAGUUCCUGCCUAAGGGCCCGUGCCACAGAGCUCACCCCUUCGACAACAGCGCUGACGAGCUGUCCCGAACUCUGGAGAACAGGCCGGAGGGGGAGUGCAUGAUAGAGCUCCAAAAACUGGGAACAAGAGUGCACAGGACUUCUGGUGGCAGCACCACGCACCUCCCGAUGCCUUCCCCUUGUGCCUUGCCCUUCGCGGAGCGCAAAGACGAGGUGGUGUGUAACGGGGAGCCGGAGCCCGAGAACAAGCUGGCUGAGAAGCCCGGGGGGCUCGUGCCCCUGAAACUCCCCGCCAGCAACGGACACUGCGUGAACGGGGAGGACGGGCGGCUCAAGGCCUCGCUCAGCAGGCAGGUGUCCGCCGCCAGCUGCAGCUCCGCCCAGCUGCACCUGAGGAACUUGCACCACAAGUGGGUGUUCGGCCCGCUGGGCAGGCAGGCGGCGGGCGGCAGCCCCGACCAGCCCGCCCGCAGCCACCUGGACGACGACGGCAUGCCCGUCUACAGCGACGUCAUCCAGCAGCGCCUGCGCCAGAUCGAGACGGGCCACCAGCAGGAGGUGGAGACCCUCAAGAAGCAGGUGCAGGAGCUGAAGAGCCGCCUGGAGAGCCAGUUCCUCAACAGCUCCCUGCGGCUCAACGGGGACUACGGGGACGAAGUGACGUCUAUCCCCGACUCGGAAAGCAAUCUGGAUCAGAACUGCUUGUCUCGCUGCAGCACAGAGAUUUUCUCUGAAGCCAGCUGGGAGCAGGUGGAUAAACAGGACACAGAGGUGACGCGGUGGCUCCCGGACCACCUGGCCGCUCACUGCUACGGCUGCGACAGCGCCUUCUGGCUCGCCAGCAGGAAACACCACUGCAGGGACCCUGACCGAGUUGAUCAGCUCUGGAAUUGCGGGAAUGUGUUCUGCUCCAGUUGCUGUAACCAGAAGGUGCCCGUUCCCAGCCAGCAGCUCUUCGAGCCCAGCAGGGUCUGCAAGUCCUGCUACAGCAGCCUCCACCCUGGCAGCUCCAGCCUGGACCUCGAACUGGACAAGCCCAUCACUGCCACGUCCAACUGAAUUCCCGGCCCGGGAGCGGCGGGGGAGCAGCCGAGCCGGCCCUUCCCCCGGACAGGCGGGGCCCGAGGGCCGAGGCUGGGAGGCUGCGCUGUGGAGGCCGGGCUGGGACGUGGCUGGGCGGGACAGACGUCGAGGAUGCGCCGCUGGAUUGUGGGAGUCUCCUUUUCCAGCUCUUCCCCUUUCCCUGCCUGUCCUGUCCGUGUGUCCGUGUGUGUGUGUAUAUAUAAUAAUAUAUAUAUGUUUGUUUGUUUGCGGGAGGCUGUGGAGGUGGGAAGGGGCUGGGCCAGAGCCAGGAUCCCCGGGGGGGUUUGUGUCCCGCUCGGAGGGGGUUUGGGAGCAGAGGGAACCGGGCCAGCCAACUGCAGAGCCUCCAGAGCUGGAGCCUCCAGGGCUUUCAGUCAGUCCUCUUAUUCCAAACCCGAAACUGCUGUUUGGGAACCUGUUGCUGCUACAAGAGGUGGGAAUGUGCUUCCCAAGAGAGCCCUCUCCCUCUCUGUUCUCCCAGGGGCUGCCCCAGGGGCUCACUGGGCUCCCCUGCACACACAGUCCCUGAGGUUUGGGCCGUUGGAGCGGGAACACCUGACCUGUUGGCUCAGGAAUGUUGGUGGGGGCUGAGACGGUGUCACACCAGGCCUCUCCAAGGGUCUGUCCAUGCAGUCCACCAUUCAGAUCCGAGUGGGACAGGAGCAGAUCUUUGCCUUGUCCCUGCCCCCUCCGUGGGAGGUUCCCUGUGGGAGCAGAGCUUUGCCAAGGUCAGGCCCAGGCCCUGGUGGGUCACACUCGCACUUUACUGAGACUCCAGACAGAUGGAAGGCACCGGGACCCGCUGGAGUCUCCGGGUUCGGUCCGUGGGGAGUGCACUGGUGCUUGGCAUCCUCCUGGGAUGUUCCUCCUUUCCCAGGCUGUGUUCAGUGUACCCCAGAUAGGAAAAACCUGCCUGAGGAUCUUACAACAAUCCAAAAUGCAUCAUGGAUUCCCCUUCUUCCUUCUGCCCCAAUCCCAGUCACCUCACUGAAGCGUGAAUCUCCCGAUAUCUGUUUGUAACUCAGCAGUAGGUGCUCAUCCCCUUCCCAUAGAUCCCAUAAAUCCUGCUUAGUGCAAUCUGGCAGAGGAAGUGUAGAUCCUGCUCACAGUGUAUUCCUUAGGCAAAGUCCCAACUGCUCUGUGAUAUUCCCAACAAUCCUGCUGGAGUAUUUGAGAGCUCGAGUUACAGCAGCUCGAAAUCCAAGAAACCUGGGGAAAGGAGCUUUUCCCUUCCCUGGAAUGUCACAAUCACAUCAUCCAAAGGAGGGUCUGAGGGGAAGGGCCCGGGUGGUUGGACUGUGCCCUCCCCACCCCCACGAGGAUCCGGCAGGAAUGAAUGUCCAGGAAGGAGGAGGCUGCGUCCUUUUGGGAAGGGGCUCUGGGAACGGACGGAGCAUCUUGGGAUCUCCCUGGCACGGGUUUAGAAAAAGCUACAAAGAGGGAAAGGCGAGGCUGAGCGGGUGCUGGAA